GACCCGGUGAGUGUCAGGGUGCGUUCCUCCGCGCCGCGUCACACUGUAUGGCCCAGCCUUUGCUCAAGGGCUGGUACCUCGUUAUGUUUCUACCCUGGCCCUCCUCGGCGUGCACUGCCCAUAGGUUCUUUCCUUGACUUAGGCCUUGGCUUGCCCUGCUAAGUUUCUAGUGACUCUCGGAGGCGAGGCCAAAUGGGCGGGGCCUAUGGCAUCCUGGAGCUGGUGCCUAGCAACAACGGAGGCGGGGAACCGCGAAGUUUGCUCAGCUCAGAAGUCAGCCUACAAACCUGGCCAUGACGGACAAGAGCAAGACUAAGAGAAAUACACCUGCCUCUUCUUCCAAACCGGGGAUAGUAAAGGAGCCUGACAAUGCCCGAUCACAGAAAACGCCCAAGCUAAAGGCUCCUGAAGCUCCAGAGAAGAUCCUGCGCCGCAUCUUUGGGACCAGCCAUGUGUUCUAUGUCAUGACAGACACUUUAAAACGAAGGGUGGUGGGCUCAACGGUGCCUGCCAAAGUCAGAGAGUACUAUAACGAAGGCCAUCAGUGCCUAUUACAAGAAGACUGGGAGAUGGCUGUGCUGUUCUUCUCCCGUGCCCUCCAUCUGGACCCCAAACUGGUAGACUUCUAUGUGUUCCGUGCGGAGGCCUUCAUCCAGCUCUGUGACUUCUCGUCUGCCCUCCAGAACCUCCGCAGGGCCUACUCCUACGAGCCAGCGAAUAACAGAUACCUGGACCGGCUGGCCUUUGUGCUCUACCUACAGGGCCAGUGCCUGUACGAGUUGUGUGACUACCAGGAAGCCCUCUGUGUCUUCCUGCAAGCCUCCGACCUCCAGCCCCAAAACGCCUCCUUCAGUUACCGAUGCAUGGCCUGCCUGCUGGCUCUCAAGCGGUAUCACGACUGCCUUGCCCUCAUCACUAGGGAGGUGAAACAGGGCAGGGCUAGUGCAGAUGUCUUCAUCCUCAGGGCUCGGCUGUACAACUUCUUCCAGAAGCCCAAGCUCUGCUACCAGGACCUUCGAAGCGCCUUGCUCCUAGACCCCUUGCACGCACAGGCCAAAGGGCUGCUCCAGAAGAUGGUGGACCAGGCCAAGCAGUCUCUCCAAGAUGCCAGCAUCCUGGCCGUGCAGGGGAAGCUGCACCGAGCACUGAAGUGCAUCAGCUGUGCCAUUGAGAACAAUCCCUUGGAUCCCAACUUCUUCCUCUUCCGGGGCACCUUGCGCAGACGGCUCCAGCAAUUUGACCCAGCCGUGGAAGACUUCCUGAAGGCAAUGGACAUGGUGACUGACGCCCAGGACAGCCUGGUGAAGCAGGCACAGCGCCAGCUGCUGCUGACUUACAACGACUUUGCGGUGCACUGCUACAACCAUGGCGCCUACCAGGAGGGUGUGCUGCUCCUGAACAAGGCUAUCAGAGAUGAGCAGACCGAGAAGGGCCUGUACAUCAACCGUGGCGAUUGCUUCUUCCAGCUGGGCAACCUGGCCUUCGCGGAGGCAGACUACAAGCAAGCGCUGGCCCUGUGCCCUCUGGAUGAAGGAGCCAACUUGCGCAUGGGUGUACUGCAGGAGAAGAUGGGCUUCUGCCAGCAGAAACACAGGCAGUUCCAGACAGCAGAGGAGCACUUCUCGGAGGCCAUAAGGCACAACCCCCAGAAACCCCAGUACUACCUGCACCGGGCCAAGUGCCGACAGUUCCUGCAGAACAUUUUGGGAGCCCGCCAGGAUGUUGCUACUGUGCUGCUUCUGAACCCCAACUAUCCAAAGAUGGCUUCGAUGAUGAACACCCUCUUCCCUGGCAUGACUGUGGAGACCGCGCUCAAGAGCCCAGUGGCCGAACUGGCCAAGCUCCAGCUAAGCCGGAUGAUAGAAAAUGGACCCAAGAACAUCUACCCGCAAAGCAGUGUGGUGCAGCGGAUAAUGGAACGCCGGAAAGCCCAAAUCCUGGUGAAGUCCUGGAAGCAGGAACUUCUUGGGACCCCUGAAGAGGAAGUGACCAUUUUCCAGGCUCCGCAGUUGGUAGAGGAGAAGAAAAAGGUGAAGAUCCCUCGCAGGAGGACAUCCCUGACAGACAGCUACGUGGACCAGACCUCCUCAGGUUCUGUCUACAGCAUUGUGAGCAUCAGCACGGACGGGCCGGAGAUGUCAACGAGUCAGGAGUAUCGGAGCUCUUCCCACACAGCUGUAGCAUCCUCCGAGUCCACACUGCUAAAGCCUCAGCCCUCAGGACCCAGGAAGAAGCAGGAACUAACCUGGGGCCCCAAGGUUGUCAAGGUGGUCACGGAUUACCUGAAUCAUGACUUCACUGAGAUCGCACCUGCCAGCAGCCAAAGGGGAGCCACCAAAAUGACAAAGGCCACCCAAGACCCAAAGCCAAAGCCCAGGAAGACAGAGGCUCCCAAGGCCCCCAGCCGGACCACCAGCACGACAGAAGCCCCCGAGGGCCCAAAGCCUAGCAAGUCCAGGUCUAUCCUGACCCUGAAGGAGAGAGUCAGAAGAGCUAAGGCUGUUCGAGCCCAGGGCUGGAAACGCAAGGCCCAGAGCAGCAGCCAGACACUAACACAGACUUCCAGCACGAUCCACCCCGACAGCAGUGAGAGCGUCGUCAGUACCCCCAACCAGCCCCCGGGCCAGACUCUGGGGCCCAGCAAGCCUGAGGACAGUUCCAGCCUCAGUGAGAGCACAUCCACCAAUCUCAGCCACAGUGAGAGCUUUAUGGAACUAACUAACCUCUUAACUAAAGAUGUCCAAGAGGGGCCAGAAGACAGAGAUGCAUUCACCCCUGGCCAUUAUUCUGCUCCCGCAAAGGGCCAAUGAAGCCC